CUUUCACCAGAGCUGUCACUCCUUUCCAGCUCCAUUCACUCUUUCAUAACCUUUCUCAACCGAUUAAUAGCAUAGUGGCGGCCUUCUUCCAUCCACUAUUAGCAUCACCAGCCACGAGCACAUUGAUAUCGACAAUCAGAACUGAUAUCUACCCCAUACUUCACGCCGCGUCUAUAUCGACUCCCAGCGCUCUGAUACGCACACCAUUAUACAUACCCAGCCAGAUAGGAUGUAUCUCACUAAAGCUCUUCUCGUCACCUGUGCAGUCUUCGCCCCAUUGGCCUCUGCUGCGGUGCAGGCCACGUCCACCACCACUGUUGUCUUCAGCGAACAUACCUCGCCCACGCCGUUGGCACCAACCCCGACUCCUGUCUCUUUCAAUCCUCUUCCUUCUGCCAACAGCAGCGUCACUAUCAGCAGCAGCGCAACAUUUCACUCCAGUUCCUUCGCAUCGCCAAGCCACAGAGCAAGCUCUAGCCCUCGCAUUUCCAGCUCUGCUAUCGCCAGCUCUUCGUUCGCUAGCUCCUCCAUGGUCAAGUCUUCUUCUUUCACUAGGUCGUACAUCACCAAGGCCUCAGCUCGUCCGACCAAAACAUCAACAGACGCGGAGUCAACAUCGACCUCAAAGUCGGAGUCGGAGUCAGACUCCGCUACCACAGCGGCAGCUACAUCAUCUGCUACCCACACCGGCGCCGCCGCUCCGGCCAUGAGGCUCUCCAGCAGUAUGGCUGCCGGUGUACUGGCUGCCGCAGGCUUCAUCAUGCUUUAAGUUGCUCGCCAACCGGAUCGUUGCUCCAUUGUUAUGCCCUGUAAAUGCCACAAGAGCAUGCGAAGCUGUCAGUAUCAAUUGGGUAGCAGAGGGUGACGUGCCAAUGUGAAAGGAACCCUAACGGAAAUGGCUGAGAUAAGAAGUUCAUAUAUAUCGCAUCACUCGCUAGGACCCCGAG